CUUGUACCUGGGAGCUGCCACUGUCCCGGUGUUUGGAGGGAGGGAUUUGCUGCCGGUUCCUCCAGGCUUCGCUGCACAGAGCUCAGGUCCCUGCCAGGGGGCACGAUCCCUGCCCCAGCCGGGACGGGGCUGCACAAGCACCCCGCCCGAGGCAGCUGCAACAGCCUCCUGGGGGCCAGCUCCGCGGGGCGGGUGCAGAAGCAGGGAUCCCACCCGGGCACGGGGAUGGAGGGUCCUUCCUUCGGGCCCCUCUGCCGCCCGCGGAUGCGCUCUCCGCCCCUGGCACGGAGCCGCCCAGCAGCGACCCCCCGGCUGGGCACGGCGCGUGCCAGGUCGUCCUUCCAGAAUGCCAGAGGAAAGUUCCCCCAGAAGGAGUCCUCAGCAUGUCCCUUAUCAGGACCUUCCCCACAUGGUCAAUGCAGACGGGCAGUACCUCUUCUGCAGAUACUGGAAACCGGCAGCAACCCCAAGGGCCCUCGUGUUUAUCGCUCAUGGCGCUGGGGAACACUGCGGCCGCUAUGAUGACUUGGCCCAGAUGCUGACAGGACUUAACUUGUUUGUAUUUGCACAUGACCAUGUUGGCCAUGGGCAGAGCGAAGGGGAGCGUAUGGUUGUGUCUGAUUUCCACAUUUUCAUCAGAGACAGCUUGCAGCACAUUGAACUCAUGAAGAAUGAACACCCUGAUCUGCCCAUUUUCAUUCUGGGGCAUUCCAUGGGUGGAGCCAUCUCUAUUCUAACUGCAAGUGAGAGGCCAAAUGACUUUUCGGGCAUGGUUUUAAUUUCUCCUUUGGUUGUAGCAAGCCCUGAGGCAGCAACACCCAUCAAGGUUUUUGCAGCGAAAGUGCUCAACUUUGUCCUACCAAACCUGUCCCUGGGAUCCAUAGAUCCAAAUGUGGUUUCCCGGAAUAAGAAGGAGGUUGAAUCUUACACAUCUGAUCCCCUGGUCCACCAUGGAGGAAUGAAAGUCUCCUUUGUCAUCCAGCUGAUGAAUGCCAUUGCCAGAAUAGAACGGGCCCUCCCCAAAUUGACCCUGCCAAUCUUGGUGCUGCAUGGCUCACCCGACAAGCUCUGUGACAUCAAAGGAUCCUAUCUGCUGAUGGACACAGUGCUGAGCCAGGACAAAACACUCAAGGUGUAUGAUGAGGCCUAUCAUGCUCUCCACAAAGAGCUGCCCGAGGUCAGCACUGCUGUCUUUAAAGAAAUACUGACGUGGAUCGGUCAGAAGGUCGCAGCUGCCGAAGAAUCCAGCCACACUUAAGAGUAACCAUCUUGAUACCUGCUAAGUGGUCGCGGGGAUCUUCUGGGGAUGGAAGCUUUUCUUUAAAAAAAAAGUCUCUUUUGGAGAAGAUGUAGAUCGGAGGGACUCCUGGAAUGUUUUUCUCUGAACAGUGCAGGAGGGACACUUCCGUCAUUUAGAGAGGCGACUGCCCUAAAAGAGCAAGGGAGGCUGUAGCAGUGGGAGCCCCCAUUAUAAACUUUCCAGGCUGGGCAUUACACUAAAGAAGCCUUCCCCCAUUCCCUUCCCCCACAAUCAAUCUAUUGCCCCUCUUCUUUGUUCACCCUGGGAUCCCUGAUGUACCAAGGGUGUAUUUAUACUGCAAUAAUCUUUGGAACGUCACUAGUUCAGCAUCUUCCAUUUUGUACAGUUUCUAUGCCAGCCAUGGACAGUUGCUUCCCUGUCCCUUCAGUCCUAGCAUACGCUGUAUAAAAAGUCCUUGUCCUUGAGAGGCGAAGACUUGUGAGUUAGCAAGGAGCAUAUGGGAGGUGGCAGGUGCUGAGGCCGAGUGGAGUCCUUCGGCCCUUGAAGGUGAAAGGCUUCUUUCAAGGUCUGACUGAUUUAAACAUUGCCUCUAUUCACACAUAAUAGGGAGUACAUAGUGACCCCCCACCCUUCAAGUUUGCACUUUGGAAAAGCAUGUUUAAUAGGUCUUUAAUUCCCAGCACGGUGGCAGCACUGUAGGAGGGAGAGGACUAAUGCUAGAUAAGAUGCUUAAAAAACUACAAAGCACAUUCAAAAUCAGACUACUUCCAACUACUUCUCCCCUCUGCAAGAUGAACUUCUCUGUAAAUAGUCUUAGGGGUUACUUUUUUAAUUAAUUACUUGUGCUACUGAUACGUAAGAGGUAAAGUCAAAGAUUUAUUUAAGAGAAACUAUUGAUAUAAUAUAUAUUCUGUGUGUAUAGGCAGCUUGGGGCUGCAGAGAAGGAAAGGAGCAGAGGUUAAAGAAGGAGGGAGGAUCUGUUCCCACCCUGUUCUGUUUCCACCAUGGCCAGAAGAGUGUUGACCCACCAAGGUCCACUCCUCUCACCAUGGUUUUACAGGAAGGAUCUGGUCUCUUCCCUCCUCAGUUGGAGAAUGGCUUGAAAAAUGCUAGAGACUCAAGCUCAAAGCAUCUGGUGGGAGGGGAAUGAGCAGCAUGCAUCCUUGCAGUCCACCGCUGGAUAGCCAGACGUGUGUUGCAAUACUAGGACUACCCAUACCGCCAUGCCCAGGCCAGAUCGGCACUGCUGC